AUGGGUUGUCAUGAACAUCAAAUCGAACCCAAUGAACUAUCAAUAAUUCACUUUACACUCACACCCUUUAUCAACUUUAAACCAACUUUCAAGCUCACCAUCAACUUAAUCAAGCUCAUCAUCAUCAUCAUCAUGGCAUACGAUCCAAGAGAUAGAUAUCCAAAUCAUCAACAACAACCACCACCACCAGAUUCACAUUACUAUCAAUCAUACGAUCAAUAUCAAGAACCAUCUCAACUACCAUAUGGUCCAACCACUGAUCAUCAACUACCUUAUACUUCAUCACAACCAUCUCAUCAACAACCAUAUGUAGAAUCUCAUUCACCAUAUCCCACAAGUCAAGAUCAUCAAGAAGCAUAUCAUCAUCAAGACCAACAAGCAUAUCAUCAUCAAGACCAUCUAAACUAUCCACCAGGUUCGAUGGACCCUUAUUAUUCUCAUCAAGACGCUCCUCCUUCUCCUCAACCUGCUUAUUAUAAUCAAUACGAUGAUCAUCAAUCAUCUGGUUAUCCUAUUGAUGAAAAAUCAGAUUAUCCUCCUCCUCAUACUGCUCAACAUCUCGUACCUAAUCCUAAAUCUAGUUUUAAUCAAAACUCUAGAGGUAGUGUAGCAGCUCAGAUGGCAGCAGAAGGUGCUAUACCAGAAAAAGCUGGAUUAAGAAUGUGGAGAUCAGAUGAACAUUCUGGAGCGUUCUUGAGAGGUGUUGCAUUACUUUUAAUUGGAAUCGUGGCUGGGUUUUUGUUAUGGGUUAGACCACCUAAUGCUACUUUUAAUGGAAUUGAACCACCUACAGCUGGAAAUCAAGUCGAUUUACAAGAAGGAGGAUUCUUAUUAAACUUUGAUUUAAACAUUGGAGUGACCAAUCCGAAUUUCUUUGGAGCUUCAUUUUCUAAAAUCUCAGCAAAAGCUUAUUAUCCAUUAAACAAAACCGCUCCUUUAGGUGGAGGUGAAAUGGAUAAUGUUCAAAUCCAAUCACAUUCUAAUACAACUAUUCAUUUCCCAUUUCAAAUUAAUUAUACUACUGCCUUUGAUCCGAAACAUGCGAUCUUGGCUGAUAUUGCUUAUAAAUGUGGUUUUCUAGUUUUAGGUGGACAACAAUCUAUGGAAGCUUUACAAGAGAUGUUAACAGGAACGAAUGCGUCAAGGAAACUUAAACGAAGUUUGGAAGAAGACCAAGCGGCUAAUGAAAUGGCAUUGAAAUCCAUUGGGAUCGGAUUCUUUCAUUGGGAUUUAGAGGAGCUUUUUGGGUUGGAUUUGGAUGGGUUUGAAAGUCAUCAGGUUGGUUGGAAUGGGUUUAGGGAAAAGGUUUUGGUUGGGUUUAGAAGAAGGUGA